AUGUGUCUCUUCACCUAUUCAUCAAGCUCCAAGAUCGGAGAAACUUGUGGAACAUGUGAUGCUGGUCUUACAUGUCAAACAUGUCCUGCCAAUGGAAAUACAAGACCAAGAUGUAGCAGAAUACAAACUUUAAACCCAAUUACCAAAGUGAAAGGUUUACCAUUUAAUCGAUAUUCAUGGUUAACAACACAUAAUUCGUUUGCUUUAGCUGGGGCAAAAUCAGCCACAGGGUCGUUUAUCGUUGCCCCUAUGAACCAAGACGACACAAUUGGUGAUCAACUUAAAAAUGGUGUGCGAGGAUUCAUGUUAGAUAUGUAUGAUUUUCAAAACAAUGUAUGGUUGUGUCAUUCUGCUCGAAACAAAUGUUUCAAUUUCACUUCCUUUAUACCUGCGGUAGAUGCGCUUAAUGAAAUACGGGCGUUUUUAGACUCAAAUCCUUUUGAAAUAGUCACUAUUUUUAUUGAGGAUUAUGUCGUAGCUCCUUCGGGCAUAAGUAAGGUCUUCCAAGGUUCGGGAAUCAACAAGUACUUGUUCCCACUUGCUCGGAUGCCAACGAAGGGUGAAGAUUGGCCUACUGUCGAUGACAUGAUCCAGAAGAAUCAUCGCUUCAUCGCUUUCACCUCGAAAAAAUCUAAGGAAGAAUCUGAAGGCAUUCCUUUUAUGUGGAAAUACGUCGUAGAAAACCAAUAUGGAAAUGAAGGUAUGCAAGAGGGUAUUUGUUCGAACCGACCAGAAUCGCCACCACUUGACCUGAAAUCUAGGUCACUAGUUCUGGUUAAUUUUUUUCAUUCUACACCGAAUCGUUCUCAAUCAUGUGCCGAUAAUUCGGCUCCAUUACUUAACAUGAUCAGGACUUGCCAAAAAGCAGCUGGUCGAUGGCCAAAUUUCAUCGCGGUUGAUUAUUAUCUGAGGAAUGAUGGAGGAGGAGCAGCAGAAGCUGUUGAUGAAGCAAAUGGUCAUCUCACUUGUGGAUGUGACAACAUCAACUAUUGCAAGGUAAAUGGUACAUUUGGUGAAUGCGAUGUCCCUAAAAUUUCUCCACCUCCACCUGCUGCAGAAGCUUCACCAGAUGGAAACAAACAAUCCCCUAAGAAAAACAGUGCAUGUAUUGGUAGAACAGCAAUGAUGAUGCAACCAGUUAUGUUAGUUUCGGUUGCCACAACUUUCUUGGCAUUUUUAUAA